ACCAGGGGAACGGGAUUGAUCAUAUCUCUAUUACUCAGUUGAGAUCAAAGAGUGAGAUAUUUGAUACAUUACACCAGGCCAGAUCCCAAUUUCCCAACUCAGACAGCAGCAACAAUCCCAUACACUCUUUUGCCAAACAAAAACGAAAAAAAAAAACCAUACACCCACCGGAUUGCCACCCACCGACUGUCGUUACGUCGUUACAAGUAAGUUAUGGAACCUCCGUGCAGAUGCUUAUAUAUCGAGACUCAGAUCAUCAAAUCAUUGAAAAUAUAAACCAUCUUUAUCCCGAAAUUUCACAGGUUUGACUUGGUUUCGGCAUCAAAUUGCAAAAGGCGAGUGCGAUGGCAUUAGAUGUUGCUGAAUUGCUGUGGAGCAAGUUCUUGAAGUCUCUGGCAGAGCUAGACUCUGAAUCUAAUUCAGGUUCUAUUACUAUCUCUGUCUUCAAAUCAUCAAUAAAAGCUCUCGUGUCUGAUUUCGAAGCAAUCAAAGAUGUUGUGAAUGAGAGAGACAUAAUGCCGGAACCUUAUACCCACUCUGAAACUAUCAAUCUGCUCUACAAACUCAACGAUGCAUUGGCUGACUGCCGAGUCUUCACACAUGAGUGUAUGGAGCUUGAUAAUGUGAUCUCACGCUUCAACUUUCGAAGAUUUACUUUCGUCGCAAAGGUAAAGAGUCGGUUGACCAAAUUAAAGCAGGAGCUUGAGAACUUGCCGCAACAACCAAUUGGCAAUCCUCGGACAAAGACCGAGUUCACCGGAUCCGGACCUAAAGUACCUUCAGCCAAAGUUUUCGGAUUUGAUGAGCAAUUAAAGGAGAUUAAUGAGGAGUUGCUACAAGCAGGGGGUUCCAGUUCUAGCAGUGCUGGUGAACUGAGGGCAAUUGGGGUAGUUGGAAUUGCUGGAGUGGGUAAGACCACCCUGGUUCAGAAGGUUUUGGAGAGCGAGGAAGUGAAGCAGAAGUUUAAUCAUAUGCUUUGGUUACCCUUUUCGUUGAGUGAGGAAGAAGAUCAAUAUAGUAAGUUCAGCUUUGAGACACGUAUCUUUGAUAGUAAUGGCCAAAUCAUAGAGGCGAGGAUUGUUGGCCUUGAUAAGCUCCUGGAAAGGCUAAGCCGCCUGCUGUUAUCGGAUAAAUGCUAUUUGAUUGUGUUGGAUGAUGUGUGUCAUCGGCACAUUAACAUUAUGGAACGCUUAUGCAGCGGAUUGCCCAAGCAUAAUGGUGGUGUUGUCAUUGUCACUACUAGAUUGGAGGAAGUGGCUCAAAAGCUGGGGAAACAACAUAGAUUGCAUCUGGUUCAUGUUAAGCCUCUGGACAGAGAGAUUUGCGGGCGUAUAUUUGAGGAGCAGGCUUAUUCCAUUAGAAAAAGUUCAAACUUCUCACGUGAUGAAGCUACGAGAAAGAUGGAGGAACUCAAGGAUCAGUGCCAUGGUCUACCGUUGGCUGCGAAGACGAUAGCAAAUGCUUUUGCAGUGGGAUUUGGAGGCGAUGGAUCUGAAGAGAGAGAUGGACAUCACGGGGAGGAAGUAGGAACUUUUGAAGAAUUAGUUGAAGACGACCAGGGUUCAAGAAUUGCUGACCUGAUCCAUCAUGUUCAAGAAUCUUCUUGAAGCAUCAGUUCAGUAAUCUGCAAAGCAAGAUGUUACCAGCAUAUUUCACCAUGGUGGGGAUUUGCUGUGCAAUAUCAGUAGCUUCAUUUGGGUAUUUGCAUCCAUGGAACUCUUCCAGUGUAGCAGACAAGUACCAACUCGGCCUUUUGCUUUCAAUCUCACCAAUUUGUUCGUCUUCACACCCAUGACUAUUGAGAUAUUGAAGAAAUGGCAUAAGGUAGAGAGGGAACAGAAUAUUGGGGAAGAAGUGGGAUGUUCCAAAAAUGUGCAAGUUGCGAAGGUGAACCGAAACUAGCAGCCAUGAAUAAGAAGUUCGGGAUGAUUCACGGGUUACUAUCUCUUGCCAAUAUUCGAUGCACUCACGGUACUUUGCAGGUAAAAUUAAUCUGUAGUUCGUAAACAAAACCCAAGUUCCCCUUUAUUAGGGAAUGGGGGAAGGAAAUGUUCUGGGAAUGGCUGAAUGAAACCACUCAGAAUGUACACAUCCUCAUUGAAGGCCUCAUAUACGAUACAGGAAUAUUGGUAUACAUUUGAUUGAUUGAUUGAAGUGCCUCUCACCUAAACCAGGCUGAAGCUUUUGUGGAAUGCAUGCUGACUGAGAUUUGACCAGUAAUUGGGGUUGGGAAGUAUUUUCUGCAAUCUGUAUCUUAACAAUAAGCAGCAGGCCGGGAGCCUGGUAUAUGAUGUUUGUGCAAAUGAACCAUUCAAAUCCUGCCACCUCAAUCGUUGAAGGCUACUUGAAGGAUUAUGUAUCACAUGGUCUUUCACCAUAAAGGAAAUUUGGAAUGCAUUUAACUGAUUGAAGUGGCCCUUAGCUAAACUAGGCUGAGGGUUUUUGUGGAAUGGACGUGGAUGCUGAAUGGAAUAUAAUAGGUACAUGGGAUUUGCAAGCUUUUUGUACAUUCUGUAUCCUAACAAUAGACAUGAAGCUUGGAGAAAUGGUGUUUCUUUAGCUGUAUUCAGUCUGAAAGUGAGUGGACAUCCUCUCUACCGAACUGUUCCACCUCACCAUCGUCAAAGGUAUUCUGAUUUUAUAUGAUGGGUGGAAGUUCGAUUGAUGAUGACUGGGAGCUUCCCUUUUCUAAUGCUGCUCGCACUGUGGUCUUGGUUGGACGCACUGGUAAUGGAAAAAGCGCAACAGGCAACAGCAUUCUUGGCAAAAAAGCCUUCAAUUCCAAGCGUAGCUCUAAUGGUGUCACAAGCACUUGUGAAUUGAAGACUGCUAUCUUGAGAGAUGGACAAGAAUUUAAUGUCCUGGUCUUUUUGAAUAUUCUGCCAGAUCAGACUUUAUUGGCAAAGAAAUUGUCAAAUGCAUUAGUUUGGCUAAGGAUGGGAUCCAUGCUGUUCUUGUGGACUUGUGGUUUUCUCAACUAGACCUCGCUUUUCACAAGAAGAGGAGUCUGCAAUCCUUAGCUUGCAAGCUCUAUUUGGCAGUAAAAUCUUUGACAAUAUGAUUGUUGUCUUUACGGGAUGGGAUGACUGAGAAGAAAAUGAUGAGACUUUGGAAGAUUAUUUGGGCUGUGAUUGCCCGGAGUCUUUAAAGUAAUUUAGGAAAUCCUUGGUCUGUGUGGAAAUCGCCAUGUGCUUUUUGAUAACAUGACCAAGGAUGAAAGCAAGAGGUUCGAACAAGUGCAGCAGCUUCUCUCGCUUGUGAACUCGGUUAUAGCACAGAAUGGUGGGCAGCCAUACACGGAUGGGAUAUUUGCUGAAGGGAAGAAAGAGGCUAUGAAACUUCGUGAUCAACAAGAAGAGGUUGCUUCUUUGAAGGCGUAUUCAAAACGAGAAAUAUCUCAUUUGAAUGAGCAGAUGCACCUUGCACAUGAUCUGCAGCUUAAACGAAUUACUGAGAUGGUAAAUUUUCAUCUGCAUUUUGUUUGCAUUUAAUAAUUGCCAUCAGCUUGUUUUAACAGUUGGCUUGGUUAAAACUACAAAUUGCACGUCGCUGCAUCCUGUGCCAGUCUUGCGUCUAUUGACCAACCUCUUUAAACACAGAUCUUUGUAUUUGUAAAGAAUGGUGAAUUAUGUAUAUUUUUUCACAUUGGCUGUUGGGCUUUUUUUUUUUUUUGAAUCAAGGGAGGUCAGCCAGGUCAGCCAUUUAUUGAAAGAAUAAGAGUCUACACAUUACAAAGCUCAGCUGCAAUCGCAGCUUGUAAGAAAUCUGGAACUGAAAAGUAAAAGGCAUUCUGCCUAAGAGAGUGGCCAUGGGUAGCCAACAGAUGCGCUACCCCAUUGCCCCGCCGACCAACAUGUAGCACCUGCACCACACUCUGAGCUUCCAAAAG